CUCCGGUGACGUCACCGCCGCCGUCGCGGCCGUGACGCGCGGGCCGGACCGGGCCGGGCCGGGGCAGGACAGUGGGGCAAGCGGCGGCGUGGGCCGGGCCCCGGAAUGGCGAUGUUCCGCAGCCUGGUGGCCUCGGCGCAUCAGCGGCAGCCGCCGACUGGGUCUGCGGGCGGCGAUAGCGGCCUGGAGGCGCAGUACAGCUGCCCCAUCUGCCUGGAGGUCUACCACCGGCCCGUGGCCAUCGGCAGCUGCGGCCACACGUUCUGUGGGGAAUGCCUCCAGCCGUGCCUGCGGGUACCAUCUCCCCUGUGCCCACUCUGCCGCCUGCCCUUCGACCCCAAGAAGGUAGACAAGGCUGCCCAAGUGGAGAAGCAGCUCUCAUCCUACAAGGCGCCCUGCCGGGGCUGCAACAAGAAGGUGACCCUGGCCAAGAUGAGAGUGCAUGUCUCCUCCUGCCUGAAGGUCCAGGAACAGAUGGCCAACUGCCCUAAGUUUGUCCCUGUGGUGCCCACAUCCCAGCCUAUCCCCAGCAACAUUCCUAACAGGUCCACCUUCGCCUGCCCAUACUGUGGUGCCCGCAACCUGGACCAGCAGGAGCUGUUGAAGCACUGUGUGGAGAGCCACCGCAGUGACCCCAACCGUGUGGUCUGCCCCAUCUGCUCGGCGAUGCCCUGGGGCGACCCCAGCUACAAGAGCGCCAACUUUCUGCAGCACCUGCUCCACCGGCACAAGUUCUCCUAUGACACCUUCGUGGUGGGUUUUGUCCUGCUCUUCCCUCCCUGGCCUCCCACCCUCCUGCCAGCCUCAGGGUCCCUGUGUCAUGGGAAGCCGAGAACACAAAAGCUUAGGUAG